GCGCUCAACUAUUCUUAAACCUUCUCACUACUGCUGACCCUUCAAUUCAGCGCAACACAGACCUCCAUAAUUGUACGAAUAGUUGCCUUAUUACUAUGGGUUGCUGCGCGUCAUUAUUUCGAAAACCCCAGCGGCAGACUCCAAUCAUCGAAAACGGCAAUGGCAGCUCUGUAGACAACGCUGCUACUUCUGCAGAUUCCGCAACCCGCCCAUUGACCAUACCAGCUGUACCAGUAUCAGUACCUUAUAUCGCUAAUACGCAUCCAUAUGCACCAAUUCAACCAUCUGCACCGCAAGCUCAAGUACAGCUUGACCCUUCCAUACCAGUAGAUGAUAAUCUUGGACCUGGCGCCCAGCUAGUGGCGUUCGAUACAGACCCAUUCGCCAUUCCGUCCACAUCAAUCAGGAAGCAAUCAGAUCAUCCCACGUCAUCCGGUGGCUUGGGCGAUGUUUGGAGGUGCUCAAGGACAAUCGAUCCAGCAACCUCUACUGAGGUUGCUGUUAAAAUCAUCAGGAUUACGGACAUACGUAAUGAAAAAGCCGUCCAAAAAGCGAAGCAGGUAUACCAACACUUAUUUAUAAUGUGAGACACAUUGAAUGCCUAUUCGCAGAGACUUCGCCGCGAAGUAGCCGUGUGGAUCAGACUGAGGCAUGCGCAUGUUCUCACUCUCCACGGCACUGUCUCCGGUUUUGGAGUAUUACCUGCUCUUGUUUCCGAGUGGAUGCAUAACGGGGCACUUGAUGACUACCUGGAGCGCACGGGCCUCACUAUGGAACAGAAACUAAAGCUGCUGAAACAGGUGGUGGAUGGUUUGAAAUAUCUUCAUGAACAGGGAGUAAUUCACGGGGAUCUGACCAGUAAAAAUGUUGUGAUAGACAACGAUGGCAAUGCAUUUUUGACAGAUUUCGGUCUCUC